AUUUGGCUCCGUAAUUUGGAUUCGAGUCACGUGCUCGUUCUUCUAGGUCUUCACCCUUGCUCCGAAUAGCUUGGGGUGAGGGCUUCAGCCAUCGUUGAGGGGUGAAGGGUUUGGAAAAAGUUAAGGCAAGAAGACGGGGCGGUGAACGUGUGGGAAAUCUCGCCGGUAAUGGAACGAGAGCAAGAACCAUACAGUGAAGAACCUGCAAAUAUUAAAAUCAUAAAAGAAACAUAUAAGCAGGCUUUCAUAUUUGUUAAUAAAGGACUGAAUGCAGAUGAAUUGGGGCAAAAGGAAGAAGCAAAGAAUUAUUACAGUCAAGGAAGAAAACACCUGCUUCAAGGAGUCAGCAUUUCAUCAUCUGGGCCAGAAUGCACAGGUUCUGAGUGGGAAUCUGCUAGACAGAUGCAACAAAAGAUGAAAGAAACAUUGCAAAAUGUCGAUACCAGGCUGGGAAUCCUGGAGCAAAAUCCUUCCCCUUCUAUUCUGAGUAGUCCUUCAGAAGAAUCCAAAUUACAUUCUGUGUUGACCACUAAUGGAAAACCAGAAAGGCCUUCUCUGCCUCCAUCUUUGUCUUUAUCAUCUGAACAAACAGCAAUUGAGAACACUCCCUCCACAAGCAGAAGGCAGGAUUCUAUGGUUAUUCCUGUAUCUUUGGGAGCCCCUCCUGCUUAUACACCCUGUGCUAGAGAUGGGCACUAUACUCUGUCUUAUGGAACAGAAUCUGGGGAAUUUUCUUCUGUUGGUGAAGAAUAUUAUACGAUUUCUACUCGGCCUCCUCCUCUUGAAACUCUAGGAGUAGAUGUAGAAGAGUUAAUUUUAAUACCCAGUGGAGUACAGAUUUUCUUUGUAACUCCAGCAGGGGAAGUUAGUGCACCUUCAUAUCCUGGAUAUCUUAGAAUUGUGAAGUUUUUGGACACUGCCAAUGAAGCUGCUCAGAAUCGUCCCCAGGGAUUUCUUCAGGUUUGUGAUUGGGUAUAUCCUCUGAUGCCUAAUCAGUCUCCGGUACUAAGCUGCAGUACUGGAGUCUAUAUGUUCCCAGACACAGAAUUACAAAUGUCAGGAUCCUGUGUGGGUGUAGUUUUGUCUUCUGAACUACCAAAAGAAGAUCGAGAGCUCUUUGAGGACCUGUUGAAACAAAUGUCUGACCUUCGAUUUCAGGCCAGCAGCAACAGGGAAAACAGAGAAGAAAUACAAAUCCCUGGUGGAAUGAAAAUACCCUUUGUUCAAAUGAAGGAACAGCCUAGCCAGAAUUUGAGAAAAUUGGACACUUCUGACCAGGGCAUUAAGGAUGGUCACCAGAAAGGAGAAAGUGGGACAAAAGUUUCAGAUAUUUCAAAUGAAGAAAUUAAUCUGAGUCAGGUUGUACCCUUUCAACCAGCUCCUGAAGAAAAUGUGAGCGUGUUACCUGAGUGGAGUGAGAAAGUAUCUCAGAAUAUUUUAUCAGGUGCAUCUUGGCUGAGUUGGGGUUUAGUUAAAGGAGCUGAAUAUACUGGAAAGGCAAUCCAUAAAGGAGCUUCUAAACUUCGAGAGCAUAUUGAACCUGAGGAAAAGCCACUUCAAGUUAGUCCAGCAGUGUCCAAGGGACUUCAUAUAGCAAAGCAGGCCACAGGAGGAGCAGUGAAAGUCAGUCAGUUCCUGGUGGAAGGAGUAUGUUCCAUAGCAAACUGUGUUGGAAAAGGAUUAGCCCCACAUGUCAAGAAACAUGGUAGCAGAUUCGUUCCAGAGUCUCUUAAAAAAGACAAAGAUGGGAAAUCCACUUUGGAUGGUGCCAUGGUUGUAGCAGCAAGUGGUGUUCAAGGUUUUUCUACUGUAUGGCAAGGAUUAGAAUGUGCAGCUAAAUGCAUAGCUACAAAAGUUACUUCAGAAACGGUACAUACAGUUAAACACAAGUAUGGGGCUGAUGCUGGUCAUGCUACAGACAGCGCAAUGAAUUCUGCCAUCAAUGUUGGUGUCACUGCAUUUAAUAUUGACAACAUUGGUAUUAAAGCUAUGGUGACAAGAACAGCAAAACAAACUGGAAAAGCCAUCUUGGAAGAAUAUAAAAUAGUUGACAAAUCAGAGAAGAAAGAUGAAAAAGAAACUAAUAUUAAGAAAAUUGAGAAAAAAGAUGAAUUGAAGAAGAAAGAUAAAUGAUGCAAAUACUAUGGAUUAAUUCUACCAAAGCCUUACCAAAAAUAACUUUAGUCCUUGAGCAAAAGUGGAAUACUUCUCUCUUAUAAGUUAACUUGUAUUGAAAAAGUUUAAUUAUUUCCAAAAAUAUUUUCAUAAAAUCAAAGGUAUGUAUGUCUCCCUCAUAACAAAAGUAAAAAUUGUUUUUGACCUAUAGAAAAAGAUUGUCAAAAAGAUUACAUAAAAUUGUUUUGUUUUAUGUACUUAAAAUAUUUUUCAAUUGUAAUGCUGAGCUUUUUUAAAACUACCUUCAAUCUAUUAUUGAAUUUUGUAACUUUUCUAUUUUAGAAAACAAAGUAGUAAAAUAGAUGUCCCUGCAUGAGUUGGAGUAUAGUAACCUAAUUCAGUGUGUAGUCACAAGGAUUAACCUAAGUCAUUUACCUCCUGAUUAUUUCCUACUUUUUAUUUAUAAGUUUCUCCUCUAUCCUAAAUCUUUUAUCAGUUUUCAGUAGCUAAGCUAAAAUCUAAAGCACCAUAAUAGAAUUAGUAUUUUUUAAAAAUGAAAAUCUCAGGUAGCAUUUUCUAAGACUUUUUUUUUCUGGCAAAGGAAAUAAUUGAUUAUUGAAAGAACCAAGGUUCUAUAAAACUAGUUGUCGGGCCUUCAGGCUAUGUCUUUUGCAGAAACCAGCAAUUGUCUCAUUGGUUGAAAAUGGUUAUAAAAAGAUAUGAAAAAAAAACACUUUAUAUUUUAAAGACAAAUAGUUAAUUAGGAGAACAAGAAAAUUAUUGACAAUUUGAAAUGUUUAUUUACUGAAACUUAUUUUCUGCUCAAUUAACUAUUAACCACUUGGCACUUCUGACACUCCAUUUUAACCUUUUUUCCUUGUUUUCAGGAAAUUUAAUUGUACAACAGCAGAAUUGGGUAAAAUACUACCAGUAUACUGGUUUUAGGCAUUGUUACUACUGAAAUUUAAGUCUCUUAAGUGUCUAAUUAUUUAGAAUACAUGUUAUUAGAAAAUGACAUCUUUAAUACUCAAAAUAAUAUUUAUGCCUAAAUACCUUAGUUUCCAUUAUGUCAGAUUGUAUUUAAUAGUAUCGUGUUAGUAUCCAUUCCCUUUUAAGAUCUUUAGGUAUGAAGAUAUAUAGUUAUAUAGUAUUUGAUAAUUAGCUACUAAUUUUUAAAAGUUGUCACUGGUUUUUGCAACUGCAUUCCAUUAGAAUCUUGAUAGAACCUGUGAUAGAAGUCAAAUAAUUUGAAAUGACUGAUUAUUAAACUUGAAACUAUCCAAAGAUUGUACUUUAUGAAUGAAUAAUAUAUUCUCUGCUUGUAGAUAAAUUAAACAUAUCUUGGCCUCAAACUCAUCAAAAAUGCUUUAUGUAUUUAGAGGGUGAGAAAUGUGUCUAUGAGGUGACAAUUUUGUGUAUGAGCCUUAUAACUACUAUAAUAAAGUGUGAUAGAUAGCAGGUUGUUAAUAUGGAAAUUGAACAAGUGGCAUUUUUUUAUAUCAUUGAAAUGUAAUUAAUUUGAAAAUAAAAUUAGUGACUUUUUUAUAUGUAUGAUUGGAUUAAAGGAAAUGUAGCAUAAUAGCAAAUGUGUGCCCAGUAUGCUUAUAGUUAAAAAAGUUACCAAAGUUAAAAGUUUUUUUCCCCUAUCAUCCCCAUUGUUGUUGUCAGGCACAAACACACGUAUACAUACAUAUGCAUAGAUAUUUUUUUCUUCAGCCUUAUACAUUCAUAACAUGUUUCAAAUGGCCUGAUUGAGUAUAGGUUUCAUUGUGACUUAUAUCUAGUAUUUUAUAAAUUUUAUGGAUUGCUGGUGGCAAUUAUAAUAGCCAUCUUGGGCCUACUUAGAUAAUAACAUUAAUGAUCAACUGACUUAAAAAUGUUAAGCCAAAUAUCGUGGACACAUGAAUGAAUGAAUAAAGCAUUUUCAAA